AUGAGUGCAAAGUAUCCGACAACGAUGAGUUGCCGAGAGGCAUUUGAUCAGCUAACUAGUUGCUAUUCGAUCGGAGGCCAAUUCAGAAGCUAUUAUAGAUAUGGAGAUUUUACAUCAUGUGACAAGCAAGUAUCGAAGUUUAAGUUUUGCAUGGUUCACGGCAAUGACCCUGUGAAAGUGCAGGAAUGGUACAAAGAACAGGUUUCCAAUAACAAGGCAUUGGAGAACAGCAGUGGCAUCAUAUGGCAGGAGAGAGAUACCACCGCGAAUAAGUGA